AGCCGCUCAAGCAAGAAGACGUCAGGCAGCGCGCCUAGCCUUUCUUCGUUGCACUUGUUGCCAUGGCCUACCAGUACCCCGCAGGGGCCAUGCCUCAGCCUGUGACCUACACGUCCGGGGCGCCGUACGGUGCGGACUACUCGGGCUACUCCAUGCCGCAAAGCAUGCCGAUGCCUGCAAUGCCUGCCGCCUUGGACCACGCGAUGGGCAAGUGGUUUGCCCCUGGAGAGGCGCUGCCCCCGGGUUUUGUGGUGACCUCCCACCCUGAGGGCCACACAGCUCCCCAGCAGAAUCACUCCAUGUCGGACAAGGCCCGUGAGAGCUUCGUGAUCAGUGCCGGUGAUGCGGCAGCAGCGGUUGGCUCCAGCAUGGCCAGGGCAGGAGCGUCCGCUUCGUCCUCUCUCAAGAAGUCCAAGAAGAGCAAGAAGAAGAAGAGCUCCGGCUGCUGCUGAGCCGAGCAGGCAGGCUUAGGCGGAUAUCGUUGAAAUUACAAGCUCUGAGAUCUGGCGGAGGCGUCAGCUCUCAGAGUCCAAGGUCAACAUGGACCAUCCUUUGGGAAUCAUUUCUGCUAAUGCCAAAUGGAGCAUCACGGCGAUGGCUGAGAAUGCGAUGCGAGAAAAAGGAAGAAGGAAAAAACAACAAUGACCGCGUUUGAGCAUCCCUGGUCCAUAUGCGGAAUGUGCCGUGGCACGGUUUGCAUUGACUACUGUGAAAAGACACCUUGUUUCUCACUUGGCCUAGUUUUACUACUCCUGGACGGCGCAAAUGGCUUAUAUAGCUGGUAUACUGGCGGGUACAAUAUUCAGAU